GCAUCGACUAUUCUGAUUUCUAUCACUGUGUAUUAGGUUUAAGGCCACAGAUCUUAAAAUCUAGAUGGUGGCUGCUUUGCAGACGCCGUCACCCUGGAACCUCCCACGCUGCCCAACCAUGGUCGGCCCUACUGUGUUCUUUGACAUUGCCAUUGAUGGUGAGCCCUUGGGCCGUGUCUCCUUUGAGCUGUUUGCAGACAAAGUUCCAAAGACAGCAGAAAACUUUCAUGCUCUGAGCACUGGGGAGAAAGGCUUUGGUUAUAAAGGCUCCUGCUUUCACAGAAUAAUUCCGGGAUUUAUGUGCCAGGGUGGUGACUUCACACGCCAUAAUGGCACUGGUGGCAAGUCCAUCUAUGGGGAGAAAUUUGAUGAUGAGAAUUUCCUCCUGAAGCAUACGGGUCCUGGCAUCUUGUCCGUGGCAAAUGCUGGCCCCAGCACAGACAGUUCCCAUUUUUUCAUCUGCACUGCGAAGACUGAGUGGUUGGAUGGCAAGCAUGUGAUCUUUGGCUGGGUGGAAGAGGGCAUGAAUAUUGUGGAAACCAAUGAGCGCUUUGGGUCCAGGAAUGGCAAGACCAGCAAGAAGAUCACCACUGCUGACUGUGGACAAAUCUAACAAUAAAUUUGACUUGUGUUUUAUCUUUAAAAAAA